GAAGCACCUGCGGCCAAGAAACCAGCAACUCUUUCGCCGCUGUCCUAGUACUAAUAGAACCCAACCUUAACAAACGUGACAUAGAAACCAGAAACAAUAACACACAGCGGCAGGCCAUGAAAAGAGCAAUCAAACCGCUUGCCCUUGGCAGUCUUGCUCUCUCCUCUGAACUUGUUUCUUCAACCAAGCAAUUUACAUCCAUCAAGCCCUUUUCGCUGAUUGGGCCUCUUUCUUCCUCUACCGCUAAGGCCACCAGUGAAACAGAAAAGGAACAAUCUUUUUCUCCAAAAUCCAAGAGAGACGCCCUCAUUCUUGAGCAGUUCAGACAAAGACAUCUCAAAGGUUCCCUCAAAAGCAACUCAGAGUCCAAAAGUAAACAACAACAACAAUCAUCACCACCAAAAUCUACUUCUACUGUUGUUGAAAAGGCAAGAGAAAGCGAACAAGUUGGUUUUGAGAAUGACAAGAGUGGUGCUACUAAGGUUGUUUCUAGUUUCCAAGAACUGGGUUUGAAAGCUGAGAUAACUGGGGCUUUGAGUGAGAUUGGAAUAUGGGUUCCUUCUGAAAUUCAGAGCGUUGGGAUCCCGGCUUUGUUGGAUGGGAAAAGUGUGGUCUUGAGUUCUGACUCUGGGUCCGGAAGGACUUUGGCUUACUUGUUGCCUCUUAUUCAGCUUCUGAGACAGGAUGAGGCAUUGCUAAGUGUGAAGCCAAAGCAUCCCCGAGCUAUUGUUUUAUGCACCUCAGAAGAACAAUGCGACCAGGGUUUUCAAGUAGCAGGCUGCAUCAGCCAUCAUGCGAUGUUGAAAUCUGCCAUGGAAGGUGGUUCUGGCAAAUCAAGAACCUCAGAGAAUUUUCCAAAUGGCUCAAUUGGCAUGCUUGUUGCAACUCCUAGUGAGACUAUUAAGUACAUUGAGGAAGGAAGUGUUGUUCCUGAUGACAUCAAAUACCUGGUAUUGGAUGAAAUGGACACUAUGUUUAAUCAUGGCCUUGGUUCUGAAAUUCACAAGAUCCUCUGCUUAAUAAAGAAUCGUGCAUCAAAAGCCAAAGACUUUGGAGUUCAAACUGUUUUAGUCACUUCAACAAUAACAAAGAUGUUGGGAAAUCAGUUAUCUCCUCUUAUGGAGCAUCUUGAACAAAAUAAUUCCGGAAAGGUGGCUGCAAUGAUGCUGGAGAUGGAUCAACAAGAGGUAUUUGACCUCACUCAGUCUCUGGAUGAUUUGAAGAAAAAAAUUGCUGAAGCAAUGGAUUCCCUUCAUUUGUCUUGAGUACUGUCAUUGGUUGUAAGCCGUGCCAUGGUAUGAAGCAGCAAUUCCAUCUUCCAUAUGUACAGUCUUGAAAAGUUGCUAUAACUCUUAAUCUUUACGCUUUUUUAAGGACUGGAAAAUUUGGAUCCAUAUAUAGGAGGAUGGUACUGCACUCAACUUGAUUGUUACAAUAUGUUAGGUUUGUAACUCGAGGUAGAGUGAGUGCACAGCUUGAUAUCUGUUGAAUCAUAAAAAUUAAUUGUAACUAAUUCUCUGUUUAUGUUA